AGAGCCUGCCUUCUAGGUUGCAGUUUAGUACCAUGUUGUCUCUGCACCAGAGAAGAAUCAAUUUUUAGCCUUUGAAAUCAAGAUUUUAAAUAUUAGAAUAUAAAGAAGAUACAGUAUUUUUAGCCUGUGUUCAUUAGCUGUCAGGAUUUAUUUCUCCUGGUCUUUUGUUCAAGAGGUAUUUAAACCUAAUUGGAUUCGCUGUUAUUUUUCUGAGUGCUGAUAUUAUGGAGAGGUUUACUAAUGAAGAUGACAAUCCUUCCAGUACCAGCGAGUCGUCUAGUAGUACUAGUAGUAUCAUGAAAGUCUUUGAUAGUAAGCUUAAAAGAAAUGAAAAGAAGAAAGAUAAAGAGAAAAAGGAUAAGGAGAAGAAAGAGAAGGAAUUGCAGAAAAAGAACGAAAGUUUGGAAAAAGUGGAGGAGAAAGGCGAGGAAUCGGACGACAAAGUGAAGUAUGUGAUGACCGAUGGGAAUGAACCAAGAGAAAGAGGGAGCAAGACAUGGCCCCAUGCUCCGGAUACCCUUACCAAAGGACAUGUGGUUUACAAUGUUAAGUUCUUAGGAAGUACUGAAGUGGAAAGAGCCAAAGGCGCUGACUUAGUUAAGGAGUCAGUCAAAAAGCUCAAGUUCAAUCGCCAUGUGAAGAGGUCGGAGGGGUUGAAACCCCGCAAAGUAGAGUUGACCAUCUCAGCCGAUGGAGUAGCACUUCAAGAUAGAGCCACUCGUGAGAAGCUGUAUACAUAUCCAUUACAUAGGAUCUCUUACUGUGCAGAUGACAAGUCCGACAAGAGAAUAUGUGCUUUCAUAGCAAAGGAACCAGGUAGUGAUAAGCAUAUUUGCUUUGUUCUUGACAGUGAAAAGUGUGCUGAAGAGAUCACAUUGACCGUUGGCCAAGCUUUUGAUCUUGCUUACAAGAAAUUUCUGGACACAUCUUCAAAAGAAUCAGAUUUAAGGAAACAGAUCACCAGCCUCCAAAGAAAGGUCCAGUCCCUUGAAGUAGAAAAUGCUAAGCUGAAGAUGAGGAUAACAGAGCUGGAAGGGUUACCUGGUUUGCCGCCCUCGUACCACGAAUCAAACGCACAAGUCUCAGAGCCUGCUCAGACUGGUAAUUUAUUUGACGUGGACCCCUUCAGCUCAUCUGCCCCGUCAGCACCUCCAACAGCUUAUCCAACAGAGCCCAUCAAUGGGGCUUCAGUGGGAAAUGGUCAGGCUUCCAAUGUAUUCGAAACUGACGCUGGUAUUCGUAAUGGUCACAGUGUUAGCAAUUCCAGUAACGGCAUUCCAGUUUUACCAGCUCCACCUCAAAUUGUCAAAGCACGAACUGGUCCUCAUGUUCAUGAUCCAUCUUCUCCUACCUCAAUUCCUCCCCCUCUUUCAAGUUCUCGGAGACCUCGACCUCAAGGGCGCCCUCAAGCAGGCCUAGGCCUUGUCCCACCUCCUGGCAAACCAAGCUCAGCCAGCUCUGGCCAAGCUCAAGCUCAGUCUAGUUUUAUUAAUUUUUCUGCAGUAGGUGGUGCUGGUGAUCCGUUUGGACAAGCUCCAUUUGGCCAGACUGUAGUGACCAACCCAUUUGAAGUGACGCAGCCUAGCAUUGAGUUUGAUAGUCCCGCAGACAGACAGAUGAGGGAGAUGCAGGAGGGAUUUGCAACUGGCUUGACCUUGAGUAACGAUGAUUUCUCCCUAGCUGACCUUGACCCCUUAAACAAGUAGACUCCAGCCCCAGUGGUUUGCACAUUACCCCCAGAUGGACCUCAAAGAUACGAUGGUGUAUUAAAAUGCAUAAUUCAACAUAUGCAUUUUUCCUCCAGAAAAUGUAAAUGCCAGGUAUCUUGUAGGUCUCUGGUAUUGCAUUUGAUGUCAGAAAUAACUUGCAGCAUACAAAAAGAUAUGUUUUGUAAAUUACAAUUCAGAUUGGCCUGGGAAGCAAAAGUACCGUUCCGUAGAUGCACCAUCAGUCCCAGAGUUCCGUCAACUUUUACAUGUUCUUAAAAUCUAUGAUGUAAAGACUCUACGAGUCGCACCUAGGAUAUGGCAGUUCUUGAAAUCUGUGCUAUUUAUUUACAGAAUCGUGACAUCGACAUUAAGCGCAGAGCUUCAUCCAGGGUAUGAGGUAGACACAGUAGCAGUACAUUUAUGAUUGCUCUACUGGGAUGAAACUAAUAGGGGUACAGACAGGAAACUCACUAUGUGACUCACCCUGUUUUUUUUAAAAUCCAUCAAUCGGGAUAGCAAGAUCCAUCCAUUUCAUGUUAAACGAAAAACCUCUAGAGGUCAAGCCAAAUGGAACAACUACAAAUUUCACACUCAAAAUAUUUCAGACCUACGCCAUUAAUUUAGCUGUUGAAAUUUGAGACCCACUCUCUUGUGGCCUAGCCAAGCUCCCAAGUUGAAUGAGUACCACUCAAUUUUGGCCUAGCUAAGCUCCCAAGUUGAAUGUUCGGGAAGAAACCAAUCAAGUGCCAUUCAUACAGUAUAAUUAUAGAACUGUUAUCUGCAGCACACAUAUAGAAUUUACAUUCAGAAGUUACACUUUGGCCUUAUUAUAUUCAAGUGGAGCAAUUUGCAUGUCAGAUAUUUAGACCUUGUGUAGGCACAUGUAUCUUGUUUUUUCAUGUAAAUUAUUUUAAUUUACACCAAGGUACAGUAGAUAACAACUUGGGAUACAUUUUUAGAUUCUAGCCAAGCUCCCAAGUUGAAUAUUCGGGAAGAGACCAACCAAGUACCAGUCAUACAGUAUAAUUAUAGAACUGUUAUCUGUGGCACACGUAUAGGAUUUACAUUUAGAAGUUACGCUUUGGCCUUAUUAUAUUCAAGUGGAGCAAAUUACAAGUCAAUUAUUCAAACCUUGUGUAGGCACAUGAAUCUUUGUUUUUUUCAUAUAAAUUAUUUUAUUUUACACCGAGGUAGUUAACAACUUUAGAUACAUUGUUAGUUAUAUUCUAGCCAAGCUACCAAUUUGAAUAUUUGGGAAGAAACCUACCAAGUACCAUCCAUACACUAUAAUUAUAGAACUGUUAUCUAUUGUGGAGCAAUUUGUGUGUCAGUUAAUCAAACCUUGUGUAGGCUGCGGCAAAACAAAUACUUUUUUUCAUGUGUACCAUUUGAAUCAAGGAUAACACCUCUGUGUUACAAACCAUUAGAUUCUUCAUUAGAUUAUUCAGGCAUUCUAGAUCAGAUUUAAGACUAGUGAGAAAAGUACCUUUACUUCUCUUUAGAUUCUGCAUGCAUUCUACUUCUACUAAGUUGUGAAUCUUCGAUAUUGAAUUCACAAGUAAAUAUUCAUGCAAAACAAUUUUUAUUACAUGAGUAGAUUCUUAGCUAUCAUCAUCUAUACAUGUUAAGAGCCCAGCAUUAUUCAUUCAUGUCUGUAUAAUUUUAGUGUGUAUUUAACCUCAUAAGUUUGUAAUCAGCCUCACAAGACAGUAAUCGGGCUCAUGAGGCAAUAAUCAGCCUUAUGAGGCUGUAAUCAACCUCACGAGGCAAAAUUUAACCUCACAUUUGGUUGUAAAAAAAAAUUAUUAAAUUUUCCUAUCAACAUACACAUUUUUAAAAUUUUUCCAACAUGUGGCAAACACAUUUUUUUUUUUUUUUUUUGGCCUAGUAUAAAAGGAGCUGAAACCACUUGAAGAACAUUUCUAUUUUUGGAUGAUUAGUAUAGAAAUGCAGUGCAUACUAUUAACUCUUGUUUGACAAAAAUGUAGUGUCUUGGAGUACCAGGUGAACUUUGCCCUUGGGGUAUUUAUAGCAGGUCAGGGUCACUAAUAUUAAUCAUUGGUUAUACAGUAUCUAUAUUUCAAUUUUUAGUGUCUGUUUUCCAUAUAUUUUUGCAAGAAAGGCUCAUAAUUUUGUGCAUCUGUUUCAGAUUGUGAUGAUGACACAAAACUUUUGCAUAAGUUUGUUUUCAAUCAUUUAAAAUGUUGAGCUCUUCCUGUAAAUAUACUUGAUUAAAUUUAAAAAUAUUCUUUGAAAUUAUUUUUCCAUGUUUAUUUUAUUGUGUGUCCUAAGUGAGAUGUUUGAUGUGCAGUACAUUGUAAUAGUAAUUUUGAAUUUGUAGUAUUUAUAUAUUGAUAUAAUGAAAGUUGAAAAAAUAUAUAGAGUAUGUUGAUAAAUACCAUUCAACAGAUGUAAUUGAAUUAUAGAUGACAUUGAAAUUUUAUUUGAUUACUCAUGAUCAGUAAGGGGGUGUUCAUUGGGGUUUGAGCUCUCGACCUGACCUUCAGACACUUCAGUACUUGGGAGCUGCUCACUCCAUAGUGUCAUUGGGCAGGGCGCUCUGUUUCUCUCAACUCACUAGUGUUCAGAUUGUUGACUCACUCAGACCUUGUUCAAAGCGCUCUAUCAAAUAUUGCGCCUUUCCACCCAGGGCGCUCUGUUUAUCUCAACUCACUAGUGUCUGAUCGUUGACUCUUACUCAGACCACCUUGUUCAAAGCACUCUAUCAAACAUGGCGCCUUUCUUCCCAGGAGUACGGGUACCUGGUACUAUGCGAUUGUUCCAUGUUGCAUGUAUUUUGGUUCACUGAAUGUUCGUGCAUGAUUAAGAUGGAAUAUUCCGCAGGGAUCGGAAGAGGUUGUACAUCGUAUGACUGAUACCGAUGACCGGUGUAUUAAUGGAAAGCGCUCUGCAACUUUCUAUUUUAAAAAAAAAUACAUCAUUAAUCAAUCUCAUUAAAUAUCUAAAUUUAGGUCCAAAGUUUGAUUAGAAAAUUUUACACUAAACUGAGAAGAACUGAAAGAUAAACUGUUUAAACAUCUUAAUUUGUAUUCUCUGUUCAUGUUCAUUUGAUUUAUAUGACACACUUAUUCUGACUAUGAUUCACAUACAUCAUACAGUGCCUUUCAUAUUUGUUAUAUAAAUGUACUAAUUAUUACUUAAAUUAUGAUACAGUAUAUAAUGAUAUACAAAUUACACCUUUUUUUAACAUUACCAUAAAUUUAUGUUGUUUUUAAAAGUUAUUUUUUUAUUCGUAAAUACAAUAUUUAUAAAUACGUAUUGUGAAUGAGAUAAAUUAUUACUUUCCGCCUCAGAAAAUGCCAAGCAAAUAUUAACUUUAGUGUUUGUGGGACGUGCAUUUAUUGCUGCCCUUUUCUGAUUGAUCAGUUAAGUUUUAUCAUAUGAUUUUUUCAAACAUAUUCCAUUGCUGUACCAAGACCAAACUACAAAUAUUGUUAUUCAAUAAAUAAACUAAUAAUAAUUUCAAUUUAAUGGCUUCGUUUUAUAUUCCCAUUUAUUUACAUGCAUUUAUAUUGAUAUUUAAUUGUUAAUUAUGAUCUUUUUUAUAUUAAGAAAUGAAUGCCAAGCUAGAUCUCUUUAACAAUGUUGGAAGUUAAGAAUCUUUAAACUUAAAAUUUAGAAUAUUGAUGAUAAUUUUAUUAAUUUUUUUAUUCAUGAUAAUAAAAAC